GAGGUGCUCCGACCUGGGCUGACAUCGCCUAACUGCACUCGGAGACACAGUUUGUUGUAUUUUUGGCUUUAGAAAGUGUUUAAGAGGUUCCAAUGAUGUCGGGCGUGGUGGUGCAGUUUUAAUCCCACCCAGCCUGGUCUACCUGCCAAAUUCCAGCUAAACAAUGAGAGCCUGCUUCAGAACAACAGAAUAAAAAGGUCCCAAGAACAUCCCAGGGAAAGGGAUUCUGGAAGAAUGGGCCUAGCUGGCAUGUGGUAACACUGUCUGACUGCAGCCCUUCUGGUUUUGGUUUUCUGGGAAAGUGAGGUCCCAGGAAGGGGUCCGGUCAACUUAGCACUUCUGCGAGCUGUGAAAGACAGCAGGACGUAUGGCAGGAUCCGCCAGAGUCUUCAUAGCAGCUGGGUUUGGUUUUUUGACACAGUUUUUUCUGUGUAGCUCUGCCUGUCCUGGAACUCACUCUGUAGACCAAGGCUAGCUUCGAACUCAGCGAUCCGCCUGCCUCUGCCCCCCAGCUGCUGGAUUAAACGGCGUGCGCUACCACUGCUGGGCUUAACAUUUGUCUUAAUAGUUAACACUCCGUGUCGUGAUUGCAGCCCGGUCAGAGUCUCCGCACACUGGUUACCCACAGACCUAUAACUCCUCUGCACAUACGCCGAAGUGGCGGCCUUGCCCCUCCUCCUCAGCCGAAAAGCGGUCGGAUCCUAACCAUAAUUUAGCAGGCCAGGUCCUGCCCCGCCACUCUGUGCGUCAGGGAAGGUUGGGGCGCCGGGGGCCACACACCCAAGACUCAGAGGCGCUCAGAGACCGCCUCUGCGCCUGCGCACGGCACAGCAGCACAGAUUUGCUACAACACGGAUUCCCACGCGGAAGAACUUCCCGGAAGUGACGGCUCCUCCGGAACUGAUUAGUUGCUAGUUUGUCCCGCCCUUACGCGUGCGCACUGUCAGCACGGAAGCACGCCAUGGAGGACCAAGAAGCGCUGGGGUUUGAACACAUGGGGCUGGAUCCCCGGCUCCUGCAGGCUGUCGCCGACUUGGGCUGGUCGCGACCGACGCUGAUCCAGGAGAAGGCCAUACCUCUGGCACUGGAGGGGAAGGACCUCCUGGCCCGCGCCCGCACAGGCUCCGGGAAGACUGCAGCUUAUGCUCUUCCGAUGCUGCAGUUGCUUCUGCACAAGAAGGCGACAGGUCCUGUAAUGGAACAGGCUGUGAGAGGCCUUGUCCUUGUUCCUACUAAGGAGCUGGCCCGGCAGGCCCAGUCCAUGAUCCAGCAGCUGGCUGCCUAUUGUGCCCGGGAUGUGCGAGUGGCUAAUGUCUCAGCUGCUGAAGACACAGCUGCUCAGAGAGCUGUGUUGAUGGAGAAGCCAGAUGUGGUGGUGGGGACACCGUCCCGAGUAUUAAACCACUUACAGCGGGACGGCUUGGAGCUCCGUGACUCCCUGGAGCUGCUGGUGGUAGACGAGGCUGACCUUCUUUUUUCCUUUGGCUUUGAAGACGAGCUCAAGAGUCUUCUCUGUCACUUGCCCCGGAUUUACCAGGCCUUCCUCAUGUCGGCCACUUUCAACGAGGACGUACAAGCUCUGAAGGAGCUGGUGCUACAUAACCCGGUUACCCUCAAGUUGCAGGAGUCGCAGCUGCCGGGGCCAGACCAGCUGCAGCAGUUUCAGGUGGUCUGUGAGACUGAAGAAGACAAAUUCUUGCUGCUCUAUACCCUGCUCAAGCUGUCACUGAUUCGGGGCAAAGCCUUGCUCUUUGUCAACACUCUAGAGAGGGGUUACCGGCUCCGUCUUUUCCUGGAACAGUUCAGCAUCCCCUCCUGCGUGCUCAAUGGAGAACUCCCGCUGCGCUCCAGGUGCCACAUCAUCUCACAGUUCAACCAAGGCUUCUAUGAUUGUGUCAUAGCAACAGAUGCUGAAAUCCUGGGACCCCCAGUCAAAGGCAAGCGGCGAGGCCGAGGGUCCAAAGGAGACAAGGCCUCAGAUCCAGAGUCAGGUGUGGCCCGGGGCAUAGACUUCCACCACGUGUCUGCCGUACUCAACUUCGAUCUUCCUCCCACUCCAGAAGCCUAUGUUCAUCGAGCUGGCAGGACAGCUCGAGCCAACAACCCAGGCAUAGUUCUGACCUUUGUGCUGCCCACGGAACAGUCUUCCUUGGGAAAGAUUGAGUCGCUUCUCAGUGGAGAGGGCGAGGCUCCCAUCCUGCUUCCUUACCAGUUCCACAUGGAGGAGAUCGAAAGCUUUCGCUAUCGCUGCAGGGAUGCCAUGCGCUCAGUGACCAAACAGGCCAUUCGAGAGGCGAGAUUGAAGGAGAUCAAGGAGGAGCUUCUGCACUCAGAGAAGCUCAAGACAUACUUUGAAGACAAUCCCAGGGACCUCCAGCUGCUACGCCAUGAUCUGCCCUUGCACCCUGCGGUGGUAAAACCUCAUCUGGGCAAUGUCCCUGACUACUUGGUUCCUGCUGCUCUUCGUGGCCUUGUGCAUCCUCGAAAGAAACGGAGAAAGCUGCCCCCCUGUAGGAAGGCUAAGAAGGUGAAGACCCAGAACCCACUGCGCGACUUCAGGCACAGGGGAAAGAAACCCAAACUCACAGCAAAGCCCUCCUGAGAUGGCCUGGGCCUGAGGACACUGAAUUGGCAUCCUGACCUGGAUGGAGUGAGUGGGCUUCCCACUCUGUGGGCACACUCUGAUGCUCACUGUCUGGACAGACUGUACUUUGAAGCAGCAGCCUUGGGCACCCCAUCUCCUUGGUACUGCUGGGCUGCCAUCCUGCUGCUUAACAGAAUAAAGAUUCUGGCUGCCCAGGC